UAGAUUUUUUCCCCAAAUAGACGGACUGGGCCAACUCUAUCCCACCACUAGACACACGCUCUGAUAUAUAAAAACACUAAAUACCUCGAUCAGUCAUCAUCAUCUAAUCUAAUCUAAUGGAGUCUGAACAACAGAAUUUUGGGAAUUCUGAAGAAUCAAAACAAACAACAAUAUCCAGUAACGGUGAUUUAAAUAAAAACAAUGAAAUGAAUGAGAAGAAGUUGAAAAAGAAAAGGAGUUUGAUAUCUAGAUUUGGUUGUUUAAGAUCACAAACAGCAUCAAGUCCUGAUAGAUCAUCAUCAGAUGAGAAACCAUAUAUGGAGAUGGAAUCAGUUACUAGCGAAGAUGGUCCGCCUCCUACCCAUCUUGUUGUUAUGGUUAACGGUAUUCUUGGCAGCCCUGAAGAUUGGAGAUUUGCUGCGAAGCAAUUUUUGAAAAGAUAUCCAAAGGAGUUUCUGGUGCAUUGCAGUAAUUGUAAUACCGCAUCAACGACGUUGGAUGGAGUUGACGUAAUGGGAGAGAGAUUAGCAGAUGAGGUGUUGUCCGUAGUAAAACGGAGACCAGAGCUUCAAAAAAUCUCUUUCGUGGCUCACUCAUUAGGUGGCCUAGUAGCGAGGUAUGCUAUUGGUAGGCUCUAUUCUUCAAACCCAGAGCACAAUCCUUCUGAAGGAAAUGGAGAUUGUAGUGGUGAUGGAUCUGGAAAUGCAUGCCUUGAAAACAAAUUGAUAGUCAAAAUUGCUGGAUUGGAGCCUAUGAACUUUAUAACUGUUGCAACACCACAUCUUGGUUCAAGAGGGCAUAGACAGGUCCCAGUGUUUUGUGGCCUUCGCUUCUUGGAGAAAACAGCAAAAAACACAUCUUGGUUGCUUGGGCGAACUGGGAAACAUCUGUUUCUGAUUGAUGAAGAUAAAGAAAAACCACCUCUUCUUCUUCAAAUGGUCAAUGACUGUGGAGAUCUUCGAUUUAUGUCUGCUUUGCUAUCCUUCAAGCGCCGGGCUGCCUAUGCAAAUGUGGGCUAUGAUCACCUUGUUGGCUGGACUGCAUCGUCAAUACGUCGUCGUAAUGAACUUCCAAAGCGCCAACAAUUCAUGAAAAAUGAGAAAUAUCCACAUAUUAAAUACGUUGAGGCACCUAGAGUUGUCAAUUCUCAGCAAGAGGCUGAAAUGGAGGUCAAAGCAAAUGGACUCGAUGCAAAUGAAAUGGAUGAGGCAAUGAUCAGAGGCUUGAAUAAAGCAAGUUGGGAGCGUGUAGAUGUUAGCUUCCACAAAAGUAGACAAAGAUUUCUUGCACAUACGGCUAUUCAGGUUAAGACUUACUCCAUCAAUUAUGAUGGUGUUGAUGUGAUUUUCCAUAUGAUUGAUAAUUUUCUCCCUUGAAGAAGUACCUGUUCAUUGAGAAUUGAAUAAUGUAUGUGCUAUGUAUAUAUAGAACCCCUCAAACACGGCAGAUGUCACACUGGUAAAUGAAGAGGCCAAUUUUUUGAGGCAGACUUUCGAUAUUUAAUCGACCAACCGUCAGGAUCACUCAACAACUCUCCUGUAAAGUGUGUAAAUGGAUCUAGAGGUUAGUCUUACUGACCUUAUCUUCAAUGAUAUGAGAGAAAAUUAUCUCAGUUUACCUCCCAAGUAUGCAUUCAACAACGAAUUUCAAAAUUUUACCACUGUAUACUUCUUGUUGUAUUUGCAAUAUCCACUUUUCACCACCCUUACCUUUGCAGGGGAAACAAAAUGUAUCCACUUUUGAUUUUCAUGUUAUAUUGUUUGUACUUACAAAAAUUAUAUCUCCAACAAACAAUGUACCCAUGGCAGAUGAAAGCAUUAAAUUUUAUGUGACUACUUCUUUUUUC